AUGGCUGCAAACCGCGAGAUUCGCGCCGUGGCAUGCACGCUGCAUCGUGAGGAGGAUGGGCACAACCACUAUCGAAAUCAAGUAGAGCUGAACCAGCAGCGCCAAGACAGGAUCCGAAAGGUGGCUGAGGCCCUCCCCGGGAUGCGUGCUGCCGGCGUGGCCAGCAUCAACCCAAG